AUGCAGGGCCACCCUUAUGCUCAAGGUGUACCUCCACCUCAGCAAGCUGCUCCAGUCUCUGGUGCCUUCAUCGCCCAUGCAGCGGCGGCUGCGCUCUCCAACCCGUACGCCCAGAGCCAUGCCAUGUAUUCGUACUCUCAGGCCCCUCAUUAUGCCCAAGCAUACGCACAGUAUCAGGCAGCGAUGUCAGGACCGGCUGUAACCGCUGAGGGGUACACGCUAUCGUCGACAUAUACCCCUAGCUCCCACAAUCACCCAUUCUUCCCUGGACCGUCCUCACGGCCUCGGCAACCGACUGCCAGACCUGGGGGCUAUGGCCAAGCGCAGGCGCACUGGUAUCAGUCGGGGAACUCACGAUGCACGAGGCCCGGGUGCAACUUCGUAGGCUCCCAAAAGUCGGUUGAAAUUCACAUGAUGGACCGACAUCUCAUCUAUCCCUCUGGGUGGGAGAACCGCAAACGCAAGUCGGAUUGGGACGCGGACCCUAGUCUCAAAGGGAAACCGAUCCCUAUCCAGGGCACCAACGUCAAACUGGACACGCCGGAGGCGAUUGAGGCUUGGAUUGCAGAACGUAAGAAGAGAUACCCCACUGCGUCUCGAGUGGAAGACAAGGAGAGGAAGGCUCAGGAAGCCAUCGCCAGAGGACAGCUUCCGCUCAACAAUGACCACUUCCCAAAUCGCAAGAAGCGCCGUCUGGACGACUCGCAAAACAGCGCGCACCAUGAGCGUGGGCGAGGUCGUGGUCGUGGUCGAGGCAGGGGUAGAGGCACGGACCAGGGCUGGCAAGGAGCUCACCGCUGUGCCGGAACCUCCAGAGACCGCGAGGAGGCCCUUUGUGAAACAGCCUCGAAAACCGCUGUGCAAUCCAUUCGCAUCGCGCCACUCCCUUCUUCGUAA